UUUGCCUAGCUUCUCGGUGAACUACGGGUCUGUGUAAUAAAUGCUGCUCCAUCUGAAAGCAGCUGAUGGCGAUUUAAUACUAAUCACCGAACCGGCUUUACUGAUGACACGCGCAUGAGAAUCGCAGUCGAUUUUUUGCACAGCCCUAGUUAAGAUGUUGAUGAUGAGAGAUGAGAUGGAUGUGCUGUAAAUCAGUAGGAACUGAUCUGUCUAUGCUGGAUAUUGAGGAUUUCAUCACAGAAAUCUCUCAGCUGAGGAAAGAGGUGGCGUUACUGGAGACAAAGCUGAGGUUAAGAGGAGAUGAAGGACUGAAGAGAGAGGAUGUGGAUUGUUGUGAAUCUUCAGUGUAUUUGACUGAUGGACGUCUGGAUUCAGUGUGGAUGAGCAGAGAUCAGAGCUGCACACCACAGCCACUGCUGGACUCUAAACUCUCUGAAGAGAAAUCCAGACACACACAGAACUCAGAGCUCAGUCUCACUUUACUCGAUUAUACUGAGUCAAAGCCCACAGACACUCAGGACACUACAGUGUGUGACAGUAAACAGAGCUUACAGGAGGAUCAAACCUCCACAGAGUCUCUGGAUUUUGUCUGUAACGCUGGAGAACAGCAGCAGAUCCUGCAGACCACACUGAAGAUGUGUUCAGUUAAACUGGAGGACUGUGGGAACCUGAUGAUGGAGAUAAAAACAGAACCCACAGCAGAUGAAUAUGAAGACAAUCAUAAUGGUCAGGAGUUUAUUAUCUCAGACGUGAAGAGUGAAUCAUGUUGUGAUGGAGAAAUAACGUCCUCAACAUCAGAAGAGCGACUGACAGCACAAACUCAAGAGAAGAAACUUCAUUCAGAAGAGCAAAGAGAGACGAAGAAGAAGCCGUUUAACUGUGAGCAAUGUGGGAAGGAUUUUGAUUUCUUAUUUCAGCUGAAAGGCCACAUGAAGGGACACAGUGGUGAAAAACCUUUCCACUGCAAUGAAUGUGGCAAAUACUACAGCAGCAAAAAAAGUCUUGAUGUUCAUCAGAGACUUCACAAAGAAGAGAAACUGUAUGAGUGUCCUCACUGUGAGAAGAGAUUCAACUACCAAUCCAAUCUGAAUAAACAUGUGUGUUUACACACCAAUGAGAGACCGUAUCAGUGCAGUCAAUGUGGAAAAACCUUCACGCAGUCAUGCUCUUUAAAGUCACACGAAAAAACACACUCUCAAGAGAGACUCUAUCCAUGUUCAUACUGUGAUAAACGUUUUAGGUUUAAAUCUCAUCUGAUAAUCCAUGAGAGAGUUCACACAGGAGAGAAACCUUACGUCUGCAGUGUUUGUAAGAAGGGUUUCAAUCAGCGUCAAAGUUUAGUGAGACACCAGAAAUCUCAUACAGGUUCUCUGAACUAUGUAAUUUGAGAGUUCAUCAGAGACUUCACACUGGAAAGAAGAAACUUCAUCACUGCAGUGUUUGUGGGAAGAGUUUUAAUCGGCGUCAAAGUUUAGUGAGACACCAGAGAACUCAUACAGGUGAAAAACCUUACAAAUGCUCUCAGUGUGAAAAGACAUUUACUUGGUUGAGUUCCUUAAAAAGCCAUGAGAGACGUCAUUCUUCAUCUUCUCUGUUCAAUCUCAUUUCAUAGUUUAUUAAAGAGUUCACACGGGAGAGAAACUUUACCUGUGCAGUGUUUGUGAGAAGAGUUUUAAAGGAGUCGAAUGACUCGAUUUCAGGUUUUCCUUUGUUUUCAGAAUGUUAAGAUUUCUGUGCAUAAAGAAGAUCUAUAAAGUUGCACAAGUUAAAGUUUUUAAACCCAAAAAGAUCUUUUUAAAAGUGAAGCCUCACCAACACCUUUAUAAGCGGCUUAUUCAAACACACCCCUGCAGUUGGACGUCAUACUAAAGUUUGCAUAACACCGCCCUAAUGUAUACGCAAAGAUAGAGGCUGUAAGCUUCAUUCGCACUGUAGUAUUGUUGUUAGGUCCGGUUCUAGAUAUUUGGAGCCCCCCCACACCCCUCUAAUUUUUAGAAUAAUCUGAGAAGUGUUUUUGUACCCUGUAAGAAAUCAUUUAAGCACUACAGUGAUUAAACAUGUUUUCCCCAUUACUUUUCUGUUUUAUCAAGUCAACAAAUUAAAUGUAUGUAAAAAUUUGAUUAGAAAUUAUGCAUGACUACAUGUGUUAAACAUUUUAAGGCAGGUCAAAGUUGUUGUUGUGGAUCCAGUAAUUUAUUUAAAACACCACCUUUUUGGGAUAACACAGGAAAACAGUUUUGCUUUCUCCAAAGAGUAAGAUUAAAAAGACAACACUAAAAACCCUAACUGUAAAAAAAACUGCAGAUGUACACCUUUUUUUAUUUUAGCUGAGUAUGAAGAGCAAUUUUUUUUGAGACCAAAUACUGCUGGUUUGAUCUUAUUUUUGCCCAUCAAACACAGAUGCAUAAGAGGGAAUCCUUGGCAGGGAUGUAGCCCAGAUCAGUGGUCUGCGAGGAAGGCGAAGACUGAUGUCCGCUGGUGCGUCUGGGCCUAACGUCCAAAUCUUUCUAAGCAAAUGUUCAAAUAGACACUAUACUAAUCGACUGCAGAUUUGAAAAUUAUACAUAUAUAUUCUCGACUGAACUAAUCUUAAUGAGCACCUAUUUUAAGAUUCAUCUUUUUAAAACAUCCUUUUGUGUGUAGGUGUGUGUAUUAGUACAUGUUAACAAUAUUUAAAAAGUACAUACCCCAAAGAAAAUGUCUCCAACGUUCUAGGACUACAAAAAACACUCGGAUUGUAGGCAAAAGUUUACUUCCUGGGAUUGGUGAUGUAGACAAGACUAACAUUAUCAUAGUUCAGCCCUCUCUGCUUUGCUUGGUACGCCCUCAAAAAUGGGUGGUGGAGAGCGCUGAAGGGAACGGAAGUGAUGAAUCACGCCGGUAAGAGGCCUUGGAACCAGUUUAUAAGUAAGCAGUCUUUAAUAAAAAAGUUUACUAUAGUAAAAUAAUGUAGAACUAACAAAUGAAAUUGUUUUUAUCAUCAUUUAAAUAAAUAUUUUCUAUGUGCUACAUUUGGUGUUUCCAUAUAGUUUGCACAGUAAUGUUGUACAUUAUAAUUACCUUUUGAAUUUCUUUGCAAAAUCUUUGAGGUAUGUAGGCUAUUUAUAACAAUAAUAAUGCAUUAGUUGAUGUUUUAAUCUCAUAUAUGUACUAUGGUAGACCAAUAUAUUACAAUCAGGUAAUCAUUUUUUAACAAAAUAGGUGCUCUUUAAAAAUACACUUUGUGAACAGGAAACGGUAAUAUUAAGAAACGGCUAUUCCGUCUAUUGAGUUGUUAUGAGAUUCAAAACAGCCGAAAGGGUUACCUGUCAUUCGGCCUUCAAAUCCGUGGUGGAAGAAAGUAGUUCCCCAAAAAGAGGCUUUUAAAAUAACUCCUUUGUUGUUUUCUAUUUUUCUUUUAUUAAACGUGUGCUGUCGAACAAGCGUUUAUUUAAGCACGUAUUUAUUAGUAUAAUAAGUAUUUAAAGUAUAUAUGUAUAUAAAUAAAUACAU